UGCCGAAAACCAUGUCGUUUCUUCUGAUGUCUCAUCUUAAAAUUAACUUGCUAUACUUGGCAGUAUAAUAAGUACUACGUCUUCUAGUAGUGAAGUUCACAUUUUUUUUAUUUUGUCGCCAAGCAAAACGGCACCGGCGACGGAGACGGCGACGGUAACGGUGACUGAUGAGUUAAAGGAGUGAGAUUGUACUGCCGGAUUGUGAGAACUAACUAGUGUAUAUUCCGUCAACUAAUAACGCCGGCCGACCGGCGAUUCAUUUACUGAUCUCGUACUUGUAGAGGAUGUUGCUAACGUCAUUAACUUGCAACGAUCCAAGUUUCCGGUGUUGUUUUGUGUGAAUCAUCUCGUUUUGGCUUCGAUCGGAGAAGAAACUGUACGGAUAUUGACAUUCACUUUAAUGCAUUUAUGUUAAAUAUAUAUAGCUUUUAAGCUUUUCUGGAAUUGCUGUUCUGUAAUUGUUUUCAACUAAGGAGAAGGGGAAAAACUAUUGGAUUAGCGAAAUGAAGGAGGUUUUGGAGAAGUGUGUGGAUUCACAGCUAUGGCACGCCUGUGCAGGAGGAAUGGUGCAAAUCCCUCCGGUUAACUCCAAAGUCUACUAUUUUCCACAAGGGCAUGCUGAGCAUACUCUUAUGAAUGUGGAUUUCUCAGCUCUACCAAGAAGUCCUGCUCUGAUUCUAUGCAGAGUAGCUGCUGUGAAGUUCUUAGCGGACCCUGAAACAGAUGAGGUUUAUGCUAAGAUUAGGGUUGUCCCAGUUGGGAACAAGGGGAAUGACUUUGAUGAUGAUGAUGACAUUUUGGGUAGUAAUGAGUCAGGAACAGCUGAAAAACCCAAUUCAUUUGCCAAGACAUUGACUCAAUCAGAUGCAAAUAAUGGUGGUGGAUUCUCUGUGCCUAGAUACUGUGCAGAGACAAUAUUUCCUAGGUUGGAUUACACGGCUGACCCGCCUGUGCAGACCGUGACAGCCAAAGAUGUUCAUGGUGAAAGUUGGAAGUUUAGGCACAUUUAUAGAGGUACUCCCAGGAGGCAUUUGUUAACGACUGGUUGGAGUAGUUUUGUGAAUCAGAAGAAACUUGUUGCUGGAGAUUCCAUUGUGUUUUUGAGGGCAGAAAAUGGUGAACUUUGUGUUGGAAUUCGUAGGGCGAAAAGAGGUGGUAUUGGUGGGCCUGAAGCCCCAUCUGGAUGGAACUCUGGUGCUGGAAAUUAUGGUGGAUUUUCUGCGUUUUUGAGGGAAGAGAUGAGCAAAAAUGGAAAUUUGACUUCUCCUACUAGGAGCUUAAGGGGAAAGGGAAGGGUGAGGCCUGAAUCAGUUGUUGAAGCUGCAUAUCUUGCUUCUAGUGGGCAGCCUUUUGAAGUUGUUUAUUAUCCCCGUGCAAACACACCAGAAUUUUGUGUUAGGGCAUCUUCAGUGAAUGCUGCAAUGAGGAUUCAAUGGUGCUCAGGAAUGAGGUUCAAAAUGGCUUUUGAAACUGAGGAUUCUUCUCGAAUCAGUUGGUUCAUGGGAACUAUAUCCUCCAUUCAACUUGCUGAUCCCAUCCGCUGGCCCAAUUCGCCAUGGAGGCUUCUUCAGGUGGCAUGGGAUGAACCUGAUUUAUUGCAAAACGUAAAACAUGUCAGCCCAUGGCUUGUCGAAUUGGUCUCAAAUAUGCCAGUCAUUCACCUCUCGCCCUUCUCACCGCCAAGAAAAAAGCUGCGUCUACCACCAGAUUUCUCACUUGACAGCCAGUUUCAGUUACCAUCUUUUUCAGGCAACCCCCUCAGGUCCAGCAGUCCUUUCUGUUGUUUAUCUGACAACAUCACUGCAGGCAUACAGGGAGCCAGGCAUGCUCAAUUUGGAGUACCUUUAUUGGAUCUUCACCUUAGCAACAAAUUACCGUCAGGACUGUUACCACCAAGUUUCCAGCGCGUUGCAGCCAACUCACAACUUCCUAAUGUCAUCAAUAAGUGCCAAAAUGACAGAAAUGAUAACAUCUCUUGUUUGCUUACAAUGGGUACUUCAAGUAAGACAUUGGACAAAAAUGAUAGUGUGAAUACACCUCGGUUCUUACUCUUCGGUCAGCCAAUUCUGACUGAGCAACAAAUCUCUAAUGGAUGUUCUGUCAGUGCUCCACAAGUAGUCCAAACAGGGAAAGACUUAGGAAGGAUACAACCGAUCAACGAAAAACAUCCUUCUGAGCAGAAAGGCAGCAUUCAAGACAAUCUAUCAAGUGCAACAUUUUUCUGGAAUCGAGGUUAUCAUGCAGCUGAACUUGGUGUACUCAAUACUGGUCACUGCAAAGUAUUCCUCGAGUCAGAAGAUGUUGGCCGUACACUUGAUCUGUCAGUUAUGGGAUCAUAUGAAGAACUGUACAAAAGACUUGCAAACAUGUUUGGACUUGAAAGACCAGAUAUGCUGACCCGUGUGCUCUAUCAUGAUGCAACAGGUGCUGUUAAACACACCGGAGAUGAACCAUUCAGUGACUUUGUUAAGAGUGCAAAAAGAUUGACAAUUCUGAUGAACUCAAGCAGCAAUAUUAAAAGGAAAUGGUUAACUGGUCUCGCAACUGCUGAACGUGGUCUAGAUUCAUCAAACCAGGCAGGACCUCUUAGCAUCUUUGCAUAGCCUCUGUGUGUAUAAGUACUUUUCUCGUUCUUUUGUUUUUCGUAACGACUGCUUCACUGCUAGUACUAAAGAACACUAUCAGUGAAAAUAUUAUGUUUGUUUCUGUAUGGAUAUUUUGAGUUGCUCUUUGUGUUGAAAACAUUCAAUGUGCUUUCUUUAACAGUC